AAAUUUUCAUGUUGAAUCCAUCUCUAAGGGAAACAUGUAAACUGGUCUAGUCCUUUAACUUCUGAAAAAUAAAUAUCCAUCUGUAUGCACUGGUGCAGAAUUCUAUGCUUAAUUUUACAUAUGAAAAUAUCUGGCCAUGUGUUCUGGCUCAAAUAUAUACUUAAAAGAACAAAAAAUGUUUUAAUGGCAUCUAAAUAAACAUAAUUUGAAUAACACUGUUGUAUUUGUUGUAUUUAUCUUUUUAUUUAAAAUACGCUAUGAAUUUUGUUUCACCGAAGAACGUUUGUGUAUCUGAAGACGAGUGACUUGACUGAAACUAUUUACACACUGAUUUUAUGUUUCUUUAGAUCCAUUAAAGCAUUUUUUGAUUAUUUAUAAUAUUUUUAUAUAAAAACAUUAUGCUAUUUUAAUGUAACCAUUCAAUUUUCUUAUUAAUAGACAGAAUUUUUUCAAACAUGAUUUAACAAUCGAGAUAAUUCCCGUUGUCGUUCCAAUUAUGAUCAUGAUACAAUGUACAAAGAAACAUUAGACAAAAAACCAAUAAAUCUUCAAAUUAAUGAAAUUCCGUCAGAUAUAACAAAUCUAAAAUCAGAUGCUUGCCUGAUUACGCCAUCAGAAAAUAAUUUAAAUUUCGCAGAUUCUUCCUGUCCUGAUGAAUUAAACAAGCGUAUUGAUGAAGAACUUGGUUUAUCUGAGGACCAUUUCUCUCGACCUGAAGGAUAUUUUGGUUUUUCCAAUGUUGAAGAAUUGGAAAUAAUAAUAGAAACAUGUGAGAAAAUGAUAAAAGAAUCUACGGAGAAUUCAGAGUGGCGUAAAAAUUUAGUAAUGAAAUUAGUGCAAUUGAGAUUAAAAUUAGAGGAUUAUAAGGAUAGACCUAAUGAAGAAAUUUCCAAUGAUAAAGUUGUACUAGGUCAUCAGUUUGAAGUAAAACAAUUAGAGAGACCUCAACAAUAUUGUGAAAAGUGCUGUCAGCCUAUACUUUGUCCAUUGUACAGUUGGUAUUGUUGUAAAGAAUGCGGAUUCAAAUGCCAUACCAAGUGCCUUAAUACUAUAAUUAGAGUUUGUGCCAAAACAAAAGUUUUGGAGAAACCCAUUUAUAUAUUAGACAUAUGUCCAGAAGUAGGAUUGUCGGCACAAAACUAUCGAUGUGCGGAAUGUAGGCGUAAAAUAAUUACAAAAGAAGGUUCUAUGCUACCCAGGAAAUGUGACUACAAUGGUUUAUUUUACUGCAGUUAUUGUCAUUGGAAUAGUAGAAUAGUCAUACCAGCGAGGGUUAUUCAUAACUGGGAUUUUGAACCUAGAAAGGUUUGCAGGGCUUCAUUACAGUUUUUAAAAUUAAUGGUAACAAAGCCAGUCUUAAAUGUUGAAGCACUUAAUUCCAUGCUUUUUCCAUUUGUAACAGAACUAUGUAUGGUAAAGAAAUUACGUGAAGAAAUCUUAAUGAUGAAACAGUACUUCCUAACGUGUCAUGCCGCUCAGGAAAGUAGGUUACUUCUAAUCCUGCAGGAUCGACAGCACUUUGUAGAGGGUCCUGACAUGUAUUCUAUGCAAGAUUUAAUCGAUAUCAAAUCUGGAUAUCUUCUUAAAUACCUACAUAAAAUCCAAGACAGAUUUAUUCAACACAUAACAAAAGAAUGCCAGGGUUGUCGAGGAAAAGGAUUCAUCUGCGAGCUCUGUAAAUCCGAUAAUAUUGUAUUCCCAUUCGAAUCACAUUCAACGUCGUGUCCAAAAUGUUCUGCAGUCUUUCACAAAGAAUGUUUCUAUAAAAGAAUGGGGCAUUGUCCAAGGUGUGCCAGACGCACAAAGGCCGCAGAAAAGUCAUUAACGUGAUAUAAAACAUUGUUUAGAUUUGUAUAAACAGUAUACAUAAUCUAGCUGAUUAUUUUUAAGCUUAUUUUAUUCUCUUGAUAAUCUAGUUUAAGAAAAUUAAAUGCAAUUUUAUAUUUUACAAUGUUUUAAUAAAUUUAUGUAUUGUAGGUGCUCGUACCAUAUUAAUACCUAAUUCUUUUUCUACAAGACAAUAUAUUAAAAUAGAAAUUUCUAUUUACUUUAGACUAAUUUAUGAAAGUUCGUUAUAAGUUGUCGGCAGAAAAAAUAUUGUAAAUUCAAAUACUUAUAAUAGUUUAAAUAGGCUGUAAAAACAGGCAG